GCUCCGGAGGCGGCCCUGGGCGCCCCGCCUUUCCCCCCGCCCUCCCCGCCUCCAUCUUGCCAGCGACCGAUCCCGAGUGUGUGUGACGCUGCUCCCCGGGUUCAGAAUGUCAUACCCAGGCUAUACCCCCACAGGCUACCCACCUUUCCCUGGAUAUCCUCCUGCAGGUCAGGAGUCAUCUUUUCCCCCUCCUGGUCAGUAUCCUUAUCCUAGUGGUUUUCCUCCAAUGGGAGGAGGUGCCUACCCACCAGCACCAAGUAGUGGCUACCCAGGAGCUGGAGGCUACCCUGCCCCUGGAGGUUAUCCAGCCCCUGGAGGCUAUCCUGGUGCCCCACAGCCAGGGGGAGCUCCUUCCUAUCCUGGAGGUCAAGGAUUUGGAGCUCCACCAGGUGGAGCAGGCUUUUCUGGCUAUCCACAGCCACCCUCACAGUCUUAUGGUGGUGGCCCAGCACAGGUCCCAGUACCUGGUGGUUUUCCUGGAGGACCAAUGCCUUCUCAGUAUCCUGGAGGACAAACUCCUUACCCUAGUCAGAUCAGUACAGAAUCCUUUCCCUCCUACCCUGUUUUCUCUCCUAUUUCUUUGGAUUAUAGCAGUGAACUUGCCACAGUGACUCAAGGGACCAUCCGACCGGCUGCCAACUUCGAUGCCAUGAGAGAUGCAGAAAUUCUUCGUAAAGCAAUGAAGGGUUUUGGGACAGACGAGCAGGCAAUUAUAGACAUUGUGGCCAACCGUUCCAAUGAUCAAAGGCAAAAAAUUAAAGCAGCUUUUAAGACCAUGUAUGGCAAGGAUUUAAUCAAAGAUCUUAAAUCAGAGUUAAGUGGAAAUAUGGAAGAACUGAUCCUUGCCCUGUUCAUGCCAUCUACAUAUUAUGAUGCCUGGAGUUUACGGAAUGCAAUGAAGGGAGCAGGAACUCAGGAACGUGUAUUAAUUGAAAUUUUGUGCACAAGAACAAAUCAGGAAAUCCGAGAAAUUGUCCGAUGUUAUCAAUCAGAAUUUGGACGAGAUCUUGAAAAGGACAUUAGGUCAGAUACAUCAGGGCAUUUUGAACGUUUACUUGUAUCCAUGUGCCAGGGAAAUCGUGACGAGAACCAGAAUGUUAACCCCCAGAUGGCUCAGGAAGACGCUCAGCGUCUUUAUCAAGCUGGCGAAGGGAGGUUAGGGACAGAUGAAUCUUGUUUUAACAUGAUUCUCGCCACAAGAAGCUUUCCUCAGCUGAAAGCUACCAUGGAGGCUUAUUCCAGGAUGGCUAAUCGAGAUCUGUUAAGCAGUGUUGGCCGUGAGUUUUCUGGAAAUGUCGAAAGUGGCUUGAAGACCAUCUUGCAGUGUGCCCUGAACUGCCCUGCCUUCUUUGCUGAGAGGCUCUACUAUUCCAUGAAAGGUGCCGGCACAGAUGACUCCACCCUGGUCAGGAUUGUGGUUACGCGGAGUGAGAUUGAUCUUGUACAAAUAAAACAGAUGUUCAGUCAGAUGUAUCAGAAGACCCUGGGCACAAUGAUUGCAAGUGACACAAGUGGAGAUUACCGAAGGCUUCUUCUGGCCAUUGUGGGCCAGUAGGAGAGAUUUUUUUUUAAAUGAAUGAAGCUAUUCAAAGUUUAUACUUCAAAACAAUGACUGAUCUGCAUGCAGCAACAUCAACCGUCACCUAACCAAAAGAGCUUUUACUAAGGACUGCGUCAGGGUAUUGUGCUUGGUUUGCACAUGUGAUUAUUGCCUUAAUUCCAAUGUUAUUUUUCCUCUAUAUACAAUCAAAUAAAGCCAUAUCACAAUGA